GUCCCCGGAGCUGAGCGAGGACCAUGCCAUCGUGGGCUCAGGGGUAGACCCUCGGCCCAGGAGCACCCCUACCCGGCCAUCCCGGCCUCCCCUCCACCGGGCCGUCCUGCUGGGAAGCGCGGCCAAGGGCAAGGGAACAGGCGAUGCUGUCGCACAGCUCCAUGGUGAGGCAGAGGAAGCAGCAGGCCGCCGCCAUCAUGAAGGAAAUCCACAGACACGGCGCUGACGGCAUGGACCUGGGCAAGAAGGUGAGCGUGCCCCGCGACAUCAUGCUGGAGGAGCUGUCCCACCUGAGCAACCGCGGCGCCCGGCUCUUCAAGAUGCGCCAGCGACGCUCCGACAAGUACACGUUCGAGAACUUCCAGUACGAAUCCAGGGCGCAGAUCAAUCACAACCUGGCCAUGCAGAAUGGGAAACUGGACGGAAGCCCCUCAGAAGGGGGAUCACAGCAAGCCCCCUUCACUCCUCCCAACACCCCGGACCCGAGGAGCCCCCCGAAUCCAGAAAACAUUGCACCAGGCUACUCCGGGCCCCUGAAGGAGGUCCCCCCGGAAAGAUUCAACACCACAGCCGUCCCCAGGUCCUACCAGUCGCCGUGGGAGCAGGCGGUCAGCGACCAUCCAGAGCUCCUCGAGGCGCUGUACCCCAGGCUGCUCACGCCCGAAGGCAGGGCAGAGCUGCCCGAUUACCGCAGCUUCAACAGAGUUGCCACCCCAUUUGGAGGUUUUGAAAAAGCAUCAAAAAUGGUGAAAUUCAAGGUCCCAGAUUUUGAGCUACUACUUCUGACAGAUUCCAGGUUCAUGGCCUUUGCCAACCCGCUUUCUGGCAGACGGUCCUUCAACAGGACUCCUAAGGGGUGGAUAUCGGAGAACAUCCCCAUAGUGAUCACCACCGAGGCCCCAGAGGAGCCCACCGUCCCGGAGUCGGAAGACCUGUGAGCGGACCGCGGCGAAGGCCGCGGGGACCCUGCACACACAUGUCGCUUCUGUUAUUCCAUUUGCUGGCAAAGCCACUCACACUCUUUAGCAGCAGCAGCAGCAGCUCAAUAGUCACUUAGCAAAGUUCCUCUUAUGGCAUUUAAUUCCCACCUCGGAGCAAAUACUAAUAAACAACCCGUAAUCUUGUUUUAAACCCUU